AUGACUGGCUUGGAGCUGGAAAAGAACAAUGCGGUCCACGUCGAGAAUGAAUCCAUCUCAAAUGUAUCUUCGAAAGCGGAGCCUACAAGCAGGAUCAAUCUUUCAGCCAAGCAGCAGUACAAACAGCUCUGGACCGCUCUGAAAGCCGAUUCCCGGUACAGUUGGUGGGCGCUGUACUGUAUGCUUCUCGUAUUCGGUUGGGGAUAUGACGCAGGCCUCUCGGGUGUCGCCAUCGCAUUUCCAGAAUUCCGAGAGGUGUAUGGAAACUACUACGCCCCUACGCCACAAGAAGGUCAAUGGGUUAUUCCAGCUCUCUGGCAGUCCCUCUGGAACGCAGCAUCCACCAUCGGUCAGGUCUUUGGUGGUUAUGCUGCGGGUCAAUUCGCAGACAUGGUCGGCCGCAAAGCACUGCUAUACACAGCUGUGCUCCUCUCCCUCAGCGCCUCUUUCGCAUUGGUCUUUGCGCCUAACCUCCCGGUCCUUUUCGUCUCUAAGCUUCUGCUGGGUCUUUCGGUCGGACUCUCCACCGCUACUCCUCCACUAUACGUCACGGAAAAUGCCCCAGCCGCGCUUCGUUCGACAUUCUCUUCGCUUACCAACGUGGUGAUUGUGCUUGGAUUCUUCUGCUCCUCCCUCACUGGCUACGGGUCGUCCAAGAUCCAAGGCGUGUGGUCUUUCAAGCUGGCCUUUGUCAUGACUUUCGUCGUGCCCGCUUUGUACUUGAUUGGCCUUCCUUUCUUCCCRGAGUCGCCUGUAUAUCUCGUCAAGAAAGGCCGGGAGGAGCAAGCACGCAAGGCCAUCCUGAGGCUGUAUGGUGGAGGUGCUGAUGUAGCCGGUAUUCUGGCCACCAUCAAGAAAGAGUUGCACGAAGAGGAGGCCACAUCUUCAGGCGUUAGCCAGACUACCUGGAAAGCCAUUUUCUCCAAGGAACACAGGACCAGGACCUUCGUGGCUGUGCUCGGUCUCCAGUCCCAGAACUUCUCCGGUGGCUAUUUCGCAAACACCUACCAGACCUACUACUUCGAGCUCAUCGGCCAGAGCGAUCCAUUCCAGCUUACGGCCAUCUCCUCGACCUUGCAAUUCUUCUCCAACUUCGUCGCCGUCGCUCUUGCAGACGUCAUUCCUCGCCGUAAGGGUCUCAUAGGAGGUGGAGUCAUACUCAUGUUUUGGUCGGUGGUCAUCGCUGGCUGCUCAAUGGCGUCGAAGACGAACGAUGCGGCUGUCACUGCUCUGCUGGCAUUUAUGAUAACUURGUCCAUGUUGUACACGGCGACAGUGGGAUGCUACGGCUGGGCUGUUGCUCAAGAGACGUCCGCACAAGCCACACGCCCAAAGACCAUCUCCUUCGUCCUGGUCUGCCAGCAGCUCACAGCCCUCAUGCUAUCCUCGGUCUUUCCAUACUUCAUCAACCCUGAUCAGCUGAAUUGGGGAGGUAAGAUCAUGUUCCUCUUCGUGGGAGCUGAGCUCUUCRUCAUGGUCGGCUUGUGGUUUUACCAACCAGAGACGAAGAAUCGCACCAAUGUUGAGAUCGAAGCACUGUACGCGAGCAAUAUUCCUGCUCGCAAGUUCAACUCGUUUGAGGUGGUUGAUGGGCAGGUCGUGGAGAGGCAGCAGAGCACUGGGUUUCUCGAACGAUUCUCGAGAAAGGCAUAG